GGCAUAUUAUUUUUGUACUUAUGUUUAUUACAAAAAAAACUUCUAAAUUUAUGGCAGAGUUAGAAAAGUAAAUAUUAGAUUAACCUUGUCAGCUACAAUAUGGUCUUACGCAGAUCUAGUUAUCUGCACGAUAAGACUCGUGUUUAACGUUUAUAUUAGACGUGAAGAAACAUUUAAAAUUUUCGGUAAGAAAGAAAUCUACGUGAAAAAGUAAAGUGGUUCAAAAUUAAUUGUAUUUUACAUAUUAUCUAUGACAUUUGUUGUGUAAUUAGAAACGGUGGAACUUUCUACUCAGUACAGCUAGAAUCAUGGAUAAUACUGAACUACGGUUUGAGCCAAUGAUGGAUGAGCUAAGUCUGCAGCUCCAGGAAUUAUGCCAAGGAGCUAUGCCUGCCGGAGAGAUGAAGGUCUAUCCUUCCGGUUCAGUCCUCACAAGAGCUUACCAAGGAUAUGCUCAUCAGAUCCUAGACAUGGAGGUCAGGGAAGACGACAUCUGGAUCAUUACCUUCCCUAAAUGUGGUACAACAUGGACGCAAGAAAUGGUAUGGCUAUUAAAAAACAACCUAGACUUCAAUAAAGCCAAAUCCACGUAUUUGCAUCAUAGAUUCCCUCUAUUAGAGUUCAAGCCUAUGUGCGGGGACAAACUGGCUGAUAGUACACCUGAUAACAUACAACUGAUAAAUAAAUCCGCUUCUCCUCGCUUCAUCAAGAGUCAUCUGCCAUUACAACUGCUUCCGAGACAGAUUUGGACCAAGAAACCUAAACUGAUAUACGUGUUCAGAAAUCCCAAGGAUGUGGCUUUAUCAUACUGUCAUCACUACAGGAUAUUCAAAAACUACGUUGGUCCAAUUGAGCUUUUUCUUGAGGGUUUCAUUCAAGAUAAAGCCAGUUUUUCUCCGUUUUGGGAUCACGUUCUAUCUUUCUGGAAUAUCAGAAAUGAACCCAAUAUUUUCUUCAAUACCUAUGAGGAGAUGAAACAGGCAGAAGAAACAAAUGCAACUGUAACAGUAGGUGCCGCUGAACUAUGACGAGUACAGCCAGCUAGCUCACUGCCUGUCAGGAUACAUGCGAACUCAUACAUCACGUCACAGUCGCACUAUUGGAUUACUUCGCGUAUAUGAGAGCUCGUGUGUUCACACAACAAAUACUUCAAACUAACGUUAACUAAUAUGCGUAGCAGAACUUAACAACCGGCAAUUAACGUUGCCUAUUACGACACGCACGUGUGACAUCUGGAGAAUUGUCGCGAUGAGGAAGCCUUCGGAUGGCGAAGGUGAAGUUAUAUGCAGGUUCCUGGGCGAGUUCCGUUACUCCUAACAGGUAUGACAGCUGUCUCGACUAGAACUAUGUAACGAGCAGUUUUUCGAACAUUCUUGAUCGUAUUAAGAAUAUAUCGAUGAGCAUCCCACUCAUCAGAUACGGAUUAAAGAACCUCUAUCUUGUCUUUUCCUUCUGCGUUAAAUACAACUUUGUGGAUGGCCACUUCAUGUUUCCUGUAUUGUUUCCUUUACUUCACAAGGGAAUGUUUAAAAUAAAAUUUUUAGAAAAUCUGUAAAAUAAAGGAGCCUUGGUAAGGGUAAAUUUAAGGGAAGAGCAAUACAACCCUAAUGAUUGGUGUACGAAGAAAGUAUAAUUUCCACUCAUCAUUUAAUGUGUUCUGGUAAGUUUAACUGUGGAUUUUUAAUAUGCUUUGUGUGUAAGCCUGAACAAUACUUACUUUCAGAAAGUAAAAUCCUAUUCUCUCAGAUGGACACACCAUCACUAGAACAUGUAAAACGAGAUUUGUAAACGCUGUGAAAAAUAAUAGUACUCAUAAUAAAUAAAAUAGAAUAGAAAACGCCGGAUAAUUUUUAGUUAUCGUGUUCUUGCGAGAGUGAUUUUCUGUGUUGAAGUGAUAGCAUAUUUCUUCACGGCUUAUAAAUUACUUCUUUGGUUAGGAAGGGUUUCAAAAGUUAAUCACGUAGUUAAUCCAUACAUUUAGUUGUCAAUACCUCCCAAACUCCACGGUUAUCAACAACCUCUCUAUAAAAAGCUACAAAUCUUGGGAACGUAGUACAAUGCAAUUAUCUAUACUUUUGUUAAUAAAUUAUUUUUAACUAUUUCAUUUUAUACGUGACAUGUUGAGGAUUUUGAAUUUCUCUUACCCCCGCACUGUGGGAAAAGGAAAAUAUGUUUAAUGAAUGAAAACUAACUUUAAGUAGGCUAACAAUAAUUUCCCAAAAUGGUUGUCAUUUUUUCACUUGAUGUCUCAAGAUAAUAUUUAUCUUCACUUAGUAUAGAGCAGCAAUGAAGGUUUUAGUGAAGAAUUUAAGAGAACACUUUACUUAUUAAAGAAAACUUUGUUUAUUCUUAUAAAAGAUCCAAUAAUUAGUUAAGCAGUGGUACUUACGUAUACAUAAUUAAUUUCUAAAACAAUAAUUAAUUUCUGGUACUUACGAGUACAUUUAAACCUAAGCUCCACAAAAAAUAGGUAUGUGUUUGAUUGUGUUUUAAUGAUAUUUCCGACUCUUAAUUACAAUAACGUUACAACUUAUAUGUUCUCUAAGUUAGUUUGAUUGAUGUUACAUCUAGACUAAGUUCAUUGGUGAUUCAUUGUUUUAAGGGGGUUAAGAAUAAAAUUCGAAUUAUAUUCAUUAUUAUUAGUUCUU